AUGCGUUCGACGUCAGAAGCAGGAGUGGUGGUGGCGCAACUCUUCCAAGCUGCUCGGCUCAGAAACCAGCGACCGACAGCGCAGUCGAGAUGCUUCUCUUGUUUCGCAGUCUCAGCCUUGCCGCUUCGCAAACAGCAUUGCAGACCAGCCGUGGCAGCAGGAUCGAUUCGUGCGGUGCGCCCGUCUUCCCUGCGCUCAUUCCACGCUUUUUCACGCUCGGCUGCAGCGAGGUCGAGCUCGCUCACGGUGCUAGGUGAACAUUACACAUCAGACGACUAUACCAACCUGCCUCCUUCAAUCCGAGAGCGGCUUUCCAGCUCGCCUCAGCUUCCAUACAGCGCGUCUCAUCCACUCGCGCUGCUACGCAAAGAGAUUGAAGGUCAUUUGUGCCACCACACCGCCAUUUCAGCUUCGUCUCCAGUCGUCACCUCUGCUCUCAAUUUCGACACCUUGGGCUUCCCUCUUGAUCACCCCGGUAGAAGUCCGACAGACACGUACUACAUCAACAGGAAUAUAUGCUUGCGCACGCAUACAUCCGCGCACGAAGUCGAGGUCUUUUCCCAGGGUCAUGAUCACUGGCUGCUGACGGCCGACGUGUAUAGAAGGGACGAGAUUGACGCUUCGCAUUACCCCAUCUUUCACCAGAUGGAAGGUGCCUCGGUUUGGCAGCAAGAUGAUUUUUUACCGGGCGGUAGAGUCGAGAAAGAGUGCCAAGAUAUGGAGGCACAUCUGCGAGACGCCAAGAUCGAGAUCGAGGACGAAGUAGACAUCACGGAGGCCGGUGGAUGGCAAGCGGGUCACGCUACCAGUCAGGAACGGCUCGUAGCGGCUCAGCUCAGUGCUCGGCACCUUAAAGCCACUUUGAAUGGGCUCGUCCUUCGACUCUUUGGACCACGACAUGCAGCAGACGCUGCUGCCGCUGCUCUUGCCGGCGGUGCAAGCACGGAUCAAGCGGCGGAUCGAGCAGCACACGCUGAGCCCCUCAAGGUGAGGUGGAUCGCCGCCAGCUUUCCUUUUACGAGUCCCAGCUUUGAGGUCGAGGUGUGGUUCAGAGGCAAAUGGCUUGAGAUUCUGGGCUCUGGUGUCGUCAUGGAGAAGACGCUGAAAGACAGCGGCGUGUCGCACAAGACCGGCUGGGCAUUCGGUCUGGGACUGGAAAGGAUAGCAAUGGUCCUAUAUUCGAUUCCAGACAUUCGUCUAUUCUGGUCCAAAGACCCUCGCUUCCUUAACCAAUUUGCUAUGGACGGCAGCAAAUCUCGUGGGUCAACAGCCUCUGAAAGUGUUCCGCCUUCCGAGACUGGCGUUAGUGCUGCUGGAGGGCUCGUCACCUUCAAGCCCUACAGCAAGUAUCCCCCGGUCCUCAAAGACGUCUCCUUUUGGCUAGCAUCUCAUGAGCCGCACGACAAUGAUGUUUACGAGAUCGUAAGGGAUGUGGCAAAGGACCUGGUGGAAAGCGUAGAACUCACAGACAGAUUCGAGCAUCCAAAGACGAAGAGAAAGAGCUACUGCUACAGAAUAACUUACAGGAGCAUGGACAGGAGUUUAGAGCAUGAGGAGAUCAAUGCGUUACAUAAAGCGAUAGGCGAGCGGUUGGCAGAGGACAUGGGGGUUGAGCUGCGGUGA